CCUGCACAGCUAUGGCCAAAGACCAGCCAAAUGUGUCUGACCUCGUCGCUCUUCUGGGGUCCACUGACCUACACGAGCUGGAGCAGGUCAAAAACCUGCUGCAGGAAACACUCAGUGCAGAUAAAGGGACCAUGUUGCUGAAUAGCCUUGUGGAAUAUUUCCUGGAGACAAGCUCAUCUCAAGCUGUGGACAUCCUGUCUUCUGUCAGGGAGCCCCAUGAUAAGUAUCUUUUAGAUAAGAUGAAUGAAUGCAUGGGCAAGCAGAGCUGCCGUCUCUCCACCAUCACCCUCCUUGGCCAUAUUGUUCGCAAGCAGCCACCAUGGAUCCACAAGAUCGCUCGCUUCCCUCUGCUCGCCUCGCUGCUCAAAUGCCUCAAG